CCCUAAUCCCACCCAUCCAGCCACCCUAGCCGCCGCCACCCCCAACCACCCCGUCGCCUCUGCUCUGCUCUCCUCUGAGAUGGCCCUGCAGGUGCAGGCCCAGUCGUCUCUCCUCGGCCGGUUCGCGGCCAUCACGGCCGGGUGCAGCGAGGUGGAGCCGUGGGCGGCCGUCGUCUGCGGGUUCGUGUCCGCGUGGGUGCUCAUCAGCGCCAACGCGCUCGCCGCGCGCCUCAAGUUCGACGACCCGCUGGAGGCGGCGCAGCUGCACGGCGGGUGCGGCGCCUGGGGCGUCCUCUUCACGGGCCUCUUCGCGAGCCAAAAGUACGUGGAGCAGAUCUACGGCUCCGGGAGGCCCUACGGGCUGUUCAUGGGCAGCGGCGGGAAGCUCCUCGCCGCGCAGAUCAUCCAGAUCCUGGUGAUCGCCGGGUGGGUGAGCUGAAGCAUGGGCCCACUCUUCUACGCGCUCAAGAAGCUGGACCUGCUGUGCAUCUCGGCCGACGACGAGAUGUCCGGCAUGGACCUCACCAGGCACGGAGGUUUCGCCUACAUCUACCACGACGAGGACCCAAGCGACAAGGCCGGGGGUUGGUGGGUUCAUGCUCAAGUCCGCGCAGCACCGUGUCGAGCCGCCGGCGGCGACAGCGACCAGCAACCAGAUGAUACAAAAAUGCAGUCCACAGCCGCGGUGUUAGUAUGAAGCAGCGGUGGCGGUUGGUGGCGUGUAGUUCACGGCGGCGGCGCUAGUGCGACUCAGUGGUGGUGGUCGGUUCGAUGGAAGAUAGCAAAGGAGCAGCACGACGCGACCAGGGAUUUUUGCAAUUUGUUUGUUGAAUUUUAGUGUUCUUAUGCUUGUGUGCAUAAGUUUCGAUACACAUAAUGGAGCACUUCUAUACAUUUUUGUAUUCUUAAUGCUUGUGAGUAUAAGUUUCUAUACAUUGUUGGAGCAGGUCUAUGUUGUUUUUAUGCGAUAAUAAAUUCACUUUUUAUUCAUCAAAUUACUAAAUUCUAUGUAAUGCCGGCACAAAAAAUAUUUAAGUGUAUCUUGAUCACUGAAUUUAUGAAUCCGGUCGUCUAUCA